GAGAUAAAUUGUGCGCUCAUGCUCCUUACGUUACUCCGUGCGGUCCUAAGCGUUUCCUACAAAAAUCGUAGGGGAAAAGUGAUAUGUUAUUUUCUUAACCUGUGAUUCAGCAGCGGGUUGAUCUUCAGCGGUAUUUUUGUAAUCUAUCGAAGGUCUACUGCAUGUCCGGAGCAUAGACUGUAUAUAAGGUCCGGAGCGAUAAAAUUCUUAUCCGGGCUUAUACUAAUGUUUAAAUCCAGUAUAUAACGUUACACUUCACCGAUGGCUGUAAGUUAGCUGCUCCGGCCUGCUAUGGCUAGCGUGGAAAUGCUGAACACGUUAGCUUUACUCCGGUCUAGCAUUAUAUCAUCCCUGACAGACAGUAGACGCCCGCAGGGUCAUGAAAAUUCGGUUAAAGAUGAAACCCGCUGCUGGAUGACAGAUAAAAAAGUAACGUUUAGAUUUUCCUCCUACAUUUUGCGUAUGGAGCAAUAUGGAAGUGUUGAGCUACCAAACGGGGCUAGUAGCUAUGUUAGCUGUGCUGGUAGUAGCAUUCAAUUUUAGUUUUAAACGUAUAAAAUGAUGGGACGUAUUAUAUGAACUGAAUCACGUUAGUAUAUCAAUAAUUAAAUGUAUAGUUUAGCUUUAGUAGAUAUAACACUACUUGGAAUUAUGUUUAUCGUUUCAAGCUGGCGUAACCACGCUACGUAAGCUACGUCAUCUCCGCUUCUUCAAGCCUCCCCAGUCAUAGAAACAACAUCGUAACGGUAGCGAUGAUCACCAGGAUGUCAUUCGUUACCUAGCCAAAGCGACGUUUUUAAAAGUAUCCAUCGGAUAAAGAGUUCACCUUAUUGAUUUAAUUUUAGCUGAAUAACCCAACACUAUGGAGGAACCGUGGGAUUUUGAGUUUUUAUCCCGCAUCGCUGACAGCUGCUUGUCGUUCCUCUCCGAAUUUGUUGACGACUGGCUCGCCAACGAUAUGAGAGUCUCCAUAUUCAAAAUCUUACUCAGCUGGUUAAUUUUUAGCCUUAUCGCAAUUCACUUUGCGUGGAAAGUCUACGGGAAUACGGUGAACGAUAUGUAUUAUCGACAGGGGACUGGACAGAACGGAGGCACACCUGAUACAGCGCCCCACCUGAGUGGAUGGGAAAGUAGAGCAGGAGAAACCCUGAAGACGCAUCGAGAUUAACUGGAUAGCAGUGUUGGACUUUGGACUUUAUCCAAGUGAGAGCUGGACAGUUUACAUCUCCCAAAGACAUUGAAUGCACCAUCAUGUUUUGCUGAUAAUAAAGUAUCUUUAGUGCAUUCAAGAUGCAUGCACCUUCUGGUGACAGAGAAACAUUUGUUAUUACAUUUUGUGUAGAUCAACAGUGACACUAAAUCUAUACAUAGCGCUGUGAGAUAUUUAUUUUGGCCUGUCAACAUUGGUCAUUGAGAAGGACCUUUCCUUGUGUAAAUAUCAAAAUUGAUCUAUUUGGCUAAUUGGUCAAGAGGCCAUUUUACAAAUGUGAAAAAUAUGAUGGUUUUGUAUAUAAAUUAAGGUUGCUUUAAGAACACAGUUUUGAUAGCAGACAUGGGAUUUUCAUUCUGACCAUGAACAAGAAAAAAUAAUUGGACUUAAUUUAAAUGAUGUAAGUAAAAAAAAUACUUUUUAAAAUAGUAUUCCUUAACUGCAUCAACAGGAGUAAGUGAAUGAUGUGCAUGUGUUAUGAUUUUAUUUAUUUACAUCACUACUAUUUCAUAAAUAAUGCACAUCUGUUGGAAUAUAGAUCCAUGAAAAGCAGCUCAUGUCUUACAUUGUACAUGAUUUUCUAUGAAAUUUGAGCCAGUAUUUCUCAUAAAAUGUAAGGAACAUUGUGUGCACUUAUAGGGAGAUACCUUUUUAUAUACAGUUUAUGGGAGAUACACAGUGCCUGUCUAAAAUAUUCACCCCCUUUGGCUUUUUCAUGUUUUUUUUUUUUAUAGUGCUGACUCACCGCAAACUCCUGCGUCAAAGUGAAACAAAUCUCUACAGAUUGAUCAAAAUUAGGUGCAAAUAGAAAAUAAUUGAUUACACAAGCACAUUGUGCCUGUUCAUGACACACCUAAAGUGCACAAUUUGAAUGACAAUCACCUGCGUGUAAUCAAGGUGUGACAUGAAUUUACAAUGUGUACCUGGAAAAAGGACCAACAGCUGGAUAAUCAAAAGCGCUUGAGCAAUUUUGCUAAAAAGAAUGGAUGGAAAUCUGCCCUGUUCAGAUAUGCAAAGCUAAAACCAACCUAUCCAUAUUGGGUAGACUCAUGGUUGUAGUUGCUACCAAAGGUGCUUCUUUACUUGAGGGUAAGCGUGCCUAAUAAAUAAUUUUUAUAUAUUUGUGCUCAGUACUAGAAGUAGUAAUGUGUAAAAAAAGCUUAGUUAAAUCCAAUGUGAUUUAAUGUAUAGUGAAAGGCAGGUUGAAUACAUUGUGUGUAUGAGACAUACAGUCAGCCACUAUAACUGAAAGUUAUAAUACCGUUAAAAUGUUAAAGACAAGUUGGUAGUACAAGAUAAUGUACUGCAGUGUGUAUUUACAGAAAUGUAUAAUGAUGUACAUAGUCCUUACUAAAUGAACUUAACAAAAUCAUCAGCAUAUUUUAGGUACCUUGAAGUACGUGAAAAGACCAACAGCAAAGCUGAAUGAUAUUACGACUGUGUGAGUUUAGUGCAAAUAGCUUGAUUGAUAUUAAAUUUGUUGUGUUUGAAAAUA